AUGCCCUCCGAGUUGCCUGAUGCCCUGAUCGCCCAGGACUGGAAACCCGUCUCCUCAAAUCCUGCCAUCGCCGACCUCGACGUCGAACAUACCGAACUCGCCCAGACUUGGAGGUCCUUUGUCCGUCAUCUGCUGCCCGAAGAUACCGUCGAGUGGGAGGAACGUCCCCAGACACCCCAGGAUGUCCAGGCCCUGGUGCGCAAUCUCCAGACCUGGUGGGCAUCCCGUCCACGCCGUCGGGUCUUUCGUUUCGCCUCGUCUCUCUGCGACCGAUUCCUCCCCACCGUUGAAACACACGCGACCCUCCUGGCCACCUUGCCGGAGUCGGAUACCUAUCAUGGCCCCCUUUUCUACGGCGUGCUCCAGUCGGUGCUCAAGGCAUCGGCCAAUUACCCCAGAGUGAUGGAAGGUCUGGUCACGGCCCUACUUAAUAUACAUAGUGCGCUUGCCCCACUGGCCAACCCCGUCUCUACCGUCAGCGUGGAGUCCGUCGCAAAAUUAUACGCCCUGGUCUUUUUCUUCCUGACCGAGUUCAUGGAUUGGUAUGUGCGGAGAUUCACGUGCCAGCUCCUUCCGAGCCACAGCCAGGAUCCGUAUACCGAAUUUCACCACCUGGUCAGUUGUAUCCAACGCCAGGCCAAAGCCCUCGCUGGGUCGUUCAACUCCAUGGAACUGGACGAUGAUUCCGAUUCGGCAUAUAGUCCUCGCGUUCUCUGGGAAGACUCUCAACUGAGUCAGGUGGGACGGCAAGGGACAGAGCGUCGGAUUGCGGCCCAGAAUACGAUAACCCGACGCUUGAUUUGGGAAAUCCAACAAGAUGCGGAGGAGCGGACUCGCAUUCGAGAAACGCGAGAUCAGCUGCUGGUGCAGAUGAUCAAUGCUGUCAGCCAGCAACUGCGUCCUGUCAGUGAGCAGGGCAGCGGCAUCGUCUGCUUGACGACCGCGGCCCCAGAUCUAGUCACGUCCUCGUUCGAAUGGUCUCGAGGAUCCAAACGACGUCUCGCCCGCCUCGAGCUCCAGAGUGCAUCCAAACACCUCCAGGCAUUCUUCGACAGCGACGACCAGAUAGCCGACAUGCCCGAAGAGGUUCAUGCUGAAGGCAGUGUGGUCACGUCUCUGCAGAAAUGGGCCAAGAACCCACGGUCUCAGGCCCUCGCGGUAGGAGGGUCUCAGUCGACGGCCACCCCAAGCCCCGUGACUCUGAUCUCAGCCUGCUAUAAUUUCUUCGCCCGACGAGCGCAGCUGCCGGUUAUCUCCCAUUUUUGUUCUCUCCCGGCCCACGAAAUGCAGGGUAUAACACGUCACCAACGAGGGCUGAUUGCCCUUACCUAUAGCUUAAUCCGGCAGUUGAUCGAUUCCCUUCCGAGUGUGGUCGAUAGCGAUGCUUUGUUAGACCUCAGCGCAGAGCGCUUCCGCAUGCUGGAUGGAACGAUGUCUAGCUGGAAACCUGCAUUGGCCCUCGUUGACACUCUCCUCCACUUCCUCCCGCCUUUACUCCUCUUAAUCAUCGACGGCGUCGACAUUAUUCACGAUACUUCCACGGACACCGAACUGCGCGACUUGAUCCGCGUUUUGCUCACUCACACCCGGCACCAGCCCCAAUCCGCUUCCAGCGGUGGCACGGGCCCCAUGUUCCUGUUCAAGGUUCUCUUCACCGUUGCCGGGAGACCCAGCGCCCUGGUGGAAACCAUGUCAGAGAACCAGCUGGUCCUCAGCGAUUCGAGCCCGGUCGACGAGCCCACCUCGCCCGAUGCGGUUCUGGCAUCAGACCUCGGUGCAGUCAUGAUGAAUGCAUGA